CGCUGUUCCCGGAGCGUCUCCCCGAGCCCAGCCCGGUCUGUCCCCGCCCGGCCCCGCUCUCCCCACCCGACCGCACGCACGCGCUCUGCUGCCCGCAACAGGGAUGGUGAAACUAUAAAAUGGCUGUUCAAUGAUCACAUAAACAUUUUUAAAAUAUGAAUGAAUUCACGACACUAAGAGAGAGACUGGGAACGUUAAUGGCCAAGUUUGGAGAUCAGCCGGUCUUCUGAGUAAGUCAUGGGUAGCUGUUGUAGCUGUCCAGAUAAAAACACUGUCCCAGAUGACCAUCAAACAAAAUUUAAGGUGAUUAAUGUGGAUGAUGAUGGUAAUGAACUGGGUUCUGGUAUAAUGGAACUUACAGAUACAGAAUUGAUUUUACAUACACGAAAGAGAGAUGCUGUGAAAUGGCCCUACCUCUGCCUGCGUCGAUAUGGCUAUGAUUCGAACCUCUUCUCGUUUGAAAGUGGUCGGAGAUGUCAAACUGGACAAGGAAUUUUUGCAUUCAAAUGUGCACGAGCUGAAGAGAUUUUCAACUUGCUCCAGGAUAUCAUGCAGUGUAACAGUAUAAGUGUAGUGGAAGAGCCAGUUGUCGAAAGAAAUGAACAGCAAAAUGAAUUAGACAUUCCAAGAACUCCACGGACACCUACCACUCCAGGUUUUGUUCAACCAAGCUUGCCAAAUGGAUAUCCCAGGUACCCAUCAUUUGGUGACGGCUCUUCUCAUCCUUCAACACGACAUCCAUCUGUAGGCAGUGCACGUUUGCCCUCUGUGGACGAAGAGUCAACUCACCCUCUAAUAGUAUCAGAGGAACAAGUUCACACAUAUGUUAAUACCUCUGGUGUACAUGAAGAACUGAAAAACAGAUCCACUGUGCAAACGUCAUUGGAACUCCAACCUUUAAAUAAUGAUGCUACCAUUGAUGUUGAAGAUCAUUGCAGUUCAUUAGAAGAGAGAAACCCACAGGUUCAGUUUGAACCCCAAGGGGUAAAAUUUGUUUUGGGACCAACUCCUGUACAAAUGCAGCUAAUGGAAAAGGAAAAGCCUGAAGCUCCUGGAAGUGAGCAGACAAAUGCUGGCAGUGGCAAUAACUGUACUGAUUGGGACACUGGUUAUGACAGUGAUGAACGGAAGGAAGCACCCUCUACUAACAAGCUAGUGUAUGAAAAUAUUAAUGGCCUUUCAAUCCCCACUGUCUCAGGAGGCAGACGGAGUAGACUAAUGUCAAAUAAUAGUUCCGAUGUACAGAAUAUAAACAACUCUGCUCAGAGGAGGACUGCACUCUUGAAUUAUGAAAACUUGCCUUCUUUGCCUCCAGUGUGGGAAGUACGCAAACUAAGUAGAGAUGAAGAAGAUAGUUUGGGACCAAAGACGCCUUCGCAGAAUGGUUAUCACACUAAUCUUGAUCAAAUGCACAACUAUGUUAAUACAGAGAAUGUAACUGUUCAGCCUAGCGUACACAAAGUUGAUUUUGUACGACAACUGGAUUGUUCCCCAAGUGUUUUUAAUUUUGAAAUAAGACGACCAAGUCUGGAACAUAGGCAGCUGAACUACAUCCAGGUUGACCUGGAAGCUGGUAGUGAUUCGGAUAACCCACAGACUCCAAAAACACCCACUACUCCACUUCCACAAACUCCAACGAGGCGAACAGAAUUAUAUACAAUGAUAGACAUAGAAAAGACUGCUGCUAUGUCAAAUUUACAGAAAGCACUGCCAAGAGAUGAUGGAACUGCAAGAAAAACAAGGCAUAAUAGUACUGACCUACCAAUGUGAGCCGAGGAAAUGCUAUUUUGUUUAGUUGCACCUUUGUUAAAUAAAGACACGUGGAUUUGAGUGUUUUCUUCCAGAGAUUAACAGCGGUUAAUAGACUGAAUGAAAUAAGGAAAAAAUUAGGAAUUGUGUUUUGAGCCUAACAUGUUAUGUCAGUUAAAGGGAAUUCAUGUAGAGCAGGAACUCCAUAAAAGCACCCCUUUUGUUUUAUCACUCUGUAGUUUGAACUUAGUUUUUAGAAUGUUACCUUCACCUUGCUGAACAUCCAUUCAACUGGAUUCUCUGUAGGACAGAAUGCAAAUAUCUAAAAUCGUUUAUAUGGCUUUUCUAGCAUUUCUUACAGAACUUUAUGUAUGUGUAUUCUUUGCAGGCAAAUGACACACCUAACUAAAUUUAAUUUCUGCAGUCUCUAGUAAUCAGUGUGUGUGUUUUCAAUUAGCAUUAAUUGAUGCUGGUACGCAACUUGUAUUUGUACUGAGAUUUUGCCAAUCAAAAUCCAAGUAUAAGCAUGCACUUUCACCAGAUAAUCGUGUAACAUUGCUGAAGAUAUAAUGCAGUUUAUCCUUAAUUUCAAAGGAAUUUAUCGUAGGACAAUAAGACUUGACAUUUGUGCCUUGGAGUGAUUUUGUUUAAAUAUUUUGCUAUUGAAGCUGCUGCUUUUACAAGCAGUUUCUUUCAGGUCUUCUUUUUGAAUGAACAGAUUGCAAUCACAUUCUGAAAAUGAAACUGCAGUUUUCUCUAACUGUUUAUUAGUAUACUUUUGAUGUGAUUAGAUAAUGGUCAUGUUAAAUUUACCACAGUGCCAUUUUAAUAAUUGCAAUGUAAAACAAUAGACACUACAAUUAUCAAUUAGUAGACUAUAAAAUACACUAAGUGAUAAAAACAUCUAAUGUUUCUUGCCUAUUUUUGUAUUGUACUAUACUGUAAAAUGUUCUAACAUGCUUUAUAAAAUGAUAAUCUUUCUUUCUACAUAUAGUGAUUGUAUAAAAGUAGUAAAAUAGUUCUAAAAUUAUUUUUACAUAGUAUAAACUCAGAUUGGGCACAUCCAUGCUUAAUUUUGUUGUAAAUUUAUUUGGUAUUUUCAGUUGCAGACAUUCCAUAUGUUUUUCUUCCAUUGCUCCUUGUCAUAACCCAGUGUAGGAUGUACUCUAAACAAAUACUAGUUAUAGAAAUUGCCACAUUUUUUUGUUUGCAUCUCAGGUACUGAUGUAGUUUGUCAAAAUUGCUGGAUUUAAGAAAUGCCCGAAUGAGGUUGUCAAAUGUCAAAAGUGCCAAUAUAAUACAUUUUUUGUAGCAUGAGAAUGAUUUUUACAAACAUUUAUAAUUGAUGCUACGGUUACCCGGUUUACAAGAGUCCUCUAGUUUUUGAAGUAAAACCAAAUUUAUAAACAAAUCGUUGUUCACGUAUUAGGCGGCUGCCAGGAGAUUCAAAGUGUUUAACGGCUGUUGAAGUUCCCUGUGGAAUAAGCUGCGUCUCAAGAGAUGAGCAAUGUACUUAGUAUUGUAUGAUUAAUAAACUUUUUUUUGCUGAAUAA